UCUCGUCUACAGUCUUUGUUCCAGUCGAUUUGUUCGAUGUGUUUACAUUGAUGGAGGCGGUGCGAAGCGGCGUGGUGGUUUACCCCAUGCGCCUGCUGCCUGGUGCGGAAAUCAAGUCGUCGCUGAUCGAGUUUGUGAAGGAAAACAGAUUAGAAGCUGCCUUCGUCGUCACAUGUUGCGGUAGUCUCACAAAAGCCACACUCCGUUUCGCAACCUGCGAGAAUGGGGAACACACGGUACGGACGCUGCAGCAGUGUUUCGAGAUCGUUUCGCUGGUUGGGACCGUCUGCCGAGACGGGGCACAUCUCCACGCCACUUUGGGGACGAGCGACGGGACUACAGUUUCCGGGCACGUGGUUGGAGACUUGGUCGUCCAGACGACGGCUGAGAUAGUUCUCGGCGUAGCCGAAGGAGCAAGAUUCAACAGAGUGUUCGAUCCAUCCACUAAGUUCUCCGAACUGGUUGUUACUCAAAAAUCAUAGAAACACUGCCCGAAGUCACCUUCAAGGUGAAUCUUCAUAGUCAUUAAAAAUAUUUUGCACCCUUUUUUUUUAAAUUAAAAUAAAAGCUACAGAAUAUAAUUAUAUUAUCUCUAAUAAGCUAAACACAAUAAAAAAGUCUGUUCCCAUUAUGACUUUACAUAUAAUUAAUUAGUAUUUUAUUUCCAGUGCCAAAGCAUAUGACUUAAUGGGCAGUACGUAACAUAACUCGACGAACUGUUACUGGUAUUUAUUCUAACCACACGUAAAAAAUAGUGUUUGUACUGUGAAAUAAUAUUGCAGUGUUGGAUGCUUGAACGCAGAAAUUAUUAUUCUUGUACAGUGCUGUUUCAUAUGUUAAUGUCUAAUAAAUCAGAAUUUAAAUAUAUUUA